AAAGACAGCCCCUUCCUGCCAAAUAUGGAAGUAAACUCGAGGAAGUGACUCAUGCAUGCCCCGUGCUGAUUGGAUGAGGGGAGCUCUUCCAGAGGCACUGCAAAUGCAAGCCCCACCCACAGGCUGCAGGCAGUGAAUGAUUUUAUGUUCCGGUCCCCGGGCAGGGACUGCUAACACACACCUGAUUGUGAGCCCCUUGAUCGAAACACCUGAUUCCAGUUACCUUUAAACGACAUGAUGAUCCUAAAAGUAAGGAAAGUAAGUCACCCGGACCCGACUGAGGACGAACACCUUCUUGUUUCAGGUAUGAACUGGAGCGGACGAGAGCAGCACAUCAACGCAUCAGCAGACCUGGUCAUCACAGCUGAUCAGACAUGAUGAAAAAGCAGAGGAUGUUAAUGGAGCUGAUGGUGCUUGUGGGACUCGUUGGUUUGAGUCAGGGUGCCAUUCAGAGGCCUGACUAUGACGACACACCCAACCCAGAGUUCCUCAACCCAGCCUGGAUGGCCAGCAUCCCCGAUGAUCAGCCGCUGUCUGAGGUCACCAUGCCUGGGACCCACAACACCAUGGCCAUUUACGGUGGCGUGUAUGCUGAGUGCCAGACCUGGAGCCUGGCCUCCCAGCUCCGAGCCGGCAUCCGCUUCCUAGACAUCCGUCUCCGCCAUGUCAAAGGGAACCUCACCCUUCAUCACGGUGUGUCUUAUCAGCGGGGGCACUUCGGCCAUGUGCUGGAGGGUGUGGUCGACUUCCUCCGAGAGUAUCCCAGUGAGACGGUGCUGAUGCGCAUAAAGGAGGAGUUCAGUGAGACGAAUGACAUCUACGGCGCCGUGGUCGACUACAUCCAUCGUUAUGCUGACUGGGACCUCCUGUGGCACAGCAGGCUUGUGCCAACCAUGGCAGAGGCCCGGGGGAAAAUCAUCGUCCUGCAACAGUUUUCUGGGCCAGAUUUGGGGAUGCGCUAUGAUUCAAUGGACAUAGCCGAUGACUGGAAGGUACCAUCACUCAUGUACGUGCAGGAGAAGUGGCAGAGCAUCUAUGAACAUCUGGAGGUCGCGCCGUCAGGAAACAUGGGCCAGAUCUUUCUCACCUUCAGCAGUGGUGCCGGUGUGUUGGCGUACCCCAGAGCCGUCGCGCAGCGCAUCAAUCCGCAACUGUACGACUACCUCAGGGCCAAGACCGACCUGAACCAGCGCCUUGGAAUCAUUUGCAUGGACUUCCCAGCUGCUCCAAUUAUUCAAAUGAUCAUUGACUUCCAGCUAAAAGAGGGCAGAAAGAGAAACCAGGCCUUUAACCCAGAAGCUCGCAGGGCAAGUUUGAAAUAUGCAAUUUCUGCAAUGAGGAAGAAGUUUUUCAGACAUUAGAAAGGGGAUGGUAGACUGGUCAUUGACUGCACAAUCUAUGAGAUCAUCCCUGGAAUUCAGUAGUAGAAUGUAACUUUCCUUAAUGAACCUUGGAUGAAACUUCUCAUUGUGUCAUUCACCAAAGAUACUGGCAAUAAUAAAAAUGAAUCUGAAAUGGCAAGCUGUGAAAAUAACCUGCAGUGGAAACUGC